AGUCUACUGAUGACGUCCGCAGCUGCGCAGCGCUGCGAACGCCAUCUUUACAGAAUAUAAUUUUCUAGAGCCGAGUAGUCCGUCCCAUGCUCAUAUAGAGUACCACUGUAAGCUAUACUAAACUUUAAACAUUUAUUGCUAUUACUUGGAUUAAAGGAGGACAAUUUAUACGUUACCGAAUACGAGUGGAAUGGCAAACAGCAAUCUUACACCGGUUAAUAUUCAAAACAAUGCUCCUUCGCCAAGACCCCUAAACGCACAGCGCAAUUUGGCGUCACCAACAGCUGAACAGGGGGCAGAAAUGGAGGGAUCAACACCAGAACCUGAAACUGGUGUCAAUGAGCCACUAGAGAUGAUCCUGGAUUUGAAAAGCUUCAGAAGACCCGGGGAGAAGACGUUUACCCAGCGGUGCAGGUUGUUCGUGGGUAACCUGCCCACAGACUUGACAGAAGAGGAUUUUAGGAAGCUUUUUGCGAAAUAUGGAGAAGCCAGCGAGGUGUUCAUUAACCGGGACCGGGGAUUCGGAUUCAUUCGGCUGGAAACCAGAACGCUGGCAGAGAUCGCUAAGGCCGAAUUGGACGGGACACUGAUGAGGAAUCGGCCAAUCCGGGUUCGGUUUGCCACGCACGGCGCGGCUCUCACCGUACGGAAUCUAUCCCCGGUGGUGUCAAACGAGCUACUGGAACAGGCCUUUUCCCAGUUUGGGACGGUGGAGCGGGCAAUUGUGGAGGUGGACGACAGGGGCAGACCCACCGGCAAGGGCUUUGUCGAAUUCGCCUCCAAACCGGCAGCUCGCAAAGCACUGGACCGCUGCACAGAUGGGGCCUUCUUACUGACCACAACACCCUGUCCUGCUAUCGUUGAGCCGACAGACCAAUUUGACGAUGAGGACGGUCUUCCUGAAAAGCUGUUACAAAAAAGUGCUCACUAUCACAAGGAGAGAGAGAAGCCCCCUCGCUUCGCCCAGCCUGGGACCUUUGAAUUCGAGUACUCCUCCCGCUGGAAGGCCCUGGAGGAGAUGGAGAAGCAGCAGCGGGACCAGGUGGAGCGCAACAUCAGAGAGGCCAAAGAGAAGCUGGAGGCCGAGAUGGAGGCUGCCCGACACGAGCACCAGCUCAUGAUGAUGAGACAAGAUCUAAUGCGACGUCAAGAAGAAUUGAGGCACCUGGAGGAUCUGAGGAAUCAGGAGCUGCAAAAACGCAAACAGAUAGAAAUGAGGCAUGAGGAGGAGAGGCGCAGGCGGGAUGAGAUGAUGCGUCAGUGUGAGCAGGAGGAAAUGAGGCAUCAGACAGAUGGGUUUAAACCCAGCUACAUGGACAGUAGAGACCAGGAUGCAAGGAUUGGAGAUGUAGGGCCACGUGGACCGGUAAACAUGGCAGACGCAUAUAACCCCACCCCUGCUAAUGCUAACCAGGGCCCUCCCCAGAUGAGCAUGGCCGGCCGGGGAGGAGUCCUGGCAGCUGAGGGAGGGGCCAACAUGGGAACCCCGAUGAUGCCCCCGGAUACUGGCGCCAUGCGUGUGGACCGGUUUUCCCAUGGCUCUGGACCCCCCUCCCUGGGCUCCCCCAUGGGGGGUCGACCAGGACCGGAGCCCCCGCAGCAACCCUCCCUGGGGGUGGUAGGUCCAGGCCCCAUGGGAGAUGGGGCUAGUGGCCCAGGGGGUUUUGGGCGGGCCAGCCCUGGGGGUGGUAACUUUGAUGGGCCCAACAGCAAACGCCGCAGAUACUGAGAAGAGUUGCACGAGCCUGCCCCCAGUCUGCCCCACCCCCACCAAUAAAAAAGACAUUGAAAUGGACAUUUCUCUAUGGGCCUAUGACACGAUCUGGCCCAAGAGUUUCGACAUUGAUAUCAAGCAAUAGUGCAGCUUUGAAAGUGAAAGGAAUUGCUUUUGCUUUUUUUCUAUUGCAAAAAAUCAUUUGAAGAGGAUUCAAACAACUGGUAUUCAUUGAAGAGCAGUACAAAUUCACACAAGUUGACUUCUUUGUUCUUUAUAAUAUGAUCUAACUUGCUUUGAGUGUUAAGGAUUUUGGACAGAUUUUAAAUCAGUGUUAUAUUUAUUGUUUUGUUGAUUUUAUUUGUUAUUUAACUUUUAUUUUACCCUGAAGUACCAGUGAGAUGACUCAUGUUUUGCAAAGAUGUUAAUUAUUAACAUUAAUAGAGUUUAAUAGAGUUCUUUUUAUUUAAAUGUAUUGAAUUUUAUUAUAUUUAUUUUCUAAUUAACUUAAUUAGAUGUAAUUUAACUGUUUGUGUAGGUCUCGACGUUCCAGUGUUAAGCUGCAUGUUUCUGAUUUUUCUCUUCUGAUCAGUUGUUUCACGGGUGGAUUGUCCUCUUUCCUGCCACAUUCUGCUCCACAGAUAUUGGUGCCUGUAAUAAAGCCCUGGUUUUAACUGUCUGGCUAAAGCUCUUGAGCCCCUAUUCUGCACUGUAAGUAAACACAUUUCAAUGCACUACACAAUUUGUAUUUUGGACAGUAUUUUCUCUCAUAGUUCUUCAGUAAUAUAGUUAAAAAAUAUAUAUAGUUUUCAUUGGCUCUAGAAGUAUAUUGGAAGAUCAUCAUUAUAACGAGGUUGGGAUGUCUUUUCUGUGUUUUGCACUAAUCCACUCACUAAUCCACUGGUUUGAAUAUGUGAUCAAAUGUCCAUCAAACAGUAUUUUAUCCAAAUAUGAAUAAUACAUGUAAUGGUGUUCUCUAGAUAAUCUAGAGCCAGAUUUCAUGCUUCUCUGUUUUCUUCUGGCUCAAAAAGUUACAUUAGCUUAAAAUUGUUUAUCAAUGUAUUUCUCCAAAGUUUUAUAAUAGAUGGAAAACAUUUUUGGAUUUUGUAAAAUAUUGAAAUAAUAAAAGUGAGGCAACCACCAUGUUGUUUAUAUCUGUGAGAA